AAAGGAUAAUCCUCCAUAUUGCAAGUCGUAAAAUAAUUACUUGCAAGUUCAGCCCAUCCUAUGAAGAAAUUUUCCGAAGGGUAAUUAAAGACUUGAAAUCCUUAAAUGAUGAGUUCGUAUAUAUAUACAGCUAGAAUAGUUUCCAUAGGACUUCAGUUCUUCCUGAUCGUCCUGCAAUGCAGACAGUAGUUCGAUCUAGACAGUUUGGUUUUAAUUAAUUGAAUUUUCGUAAAAGUUUACUCAGUCAAAAUGUGGCCAACACUUUUGAUUUUGUUACCACUGGUGGUCGCGUAUUCGAAUAAUGAUUACUGUUCAAUUUGUGGCGAUCAUACAAUGUGUCGAUUUCAAGGAGUUGGAUCUGCUUGUGGCAGCGGUGUUACUAGCGGAGUUUCCACUGCCGAGGCUCAGCAAAUCGUGCAGUUGCACAAUAAAUAUAGGUCAAUAGUUGCAACUGGUAAUGAAAGACGUGGUGCACCUGGACCACAACCUUCGGCAGCUGAUAUGCAAGCAUUGAUAUGGGACAAUGAUUUGGCUCAAGUAGCUCAACGAUGGGCGGAUCAGUGUAUUUUCCAACAUGACUCAUGCAGAAACGACCCACGAUUUCAAGUUGGACAAAACAUCUAUUGGAGUUCUGGGGGUGAAGAUAAUCAAUGGAAUGAAGCCAUUCAGGCCUGGUACGAUGAAGUAGUAUCUGUAAAUGGCCAAUCAGCUGGAAAUUUCCAAUUUGAUCAUUCUACUGGUCACUAUACUCAACUGGUUUGGGCAAAGUCUCGUUUUAUCGGUUGUGGACGUACUCGUUAUGACGGAGGUUUUAGGAACCAGGCUGAUCAACCCAUUGCUUACGUUUUAUCGGAAACGAAAAAUAAAACUGUUUCUGUUCAGCGUAAAUCAAUAAUGAGAAGAUCUAAUGAUAAUUCGGUAGGGUUUUUUGGUGGUCUGCAACCUACUGCAGCUGGAGCCCAAGGGGCGAUCACAGGAUUCGGUAGUCAGCCGCCAGUGAAUAAUUCUGUACAGCCACCUCAACAGACACCGCCAACUUCAAAUCCGGAAAUGAUAGCAGCAGGAAGCAAUCAAGAACCAUUUAAUCCUGGCAAUUCUCAAAAUUAUCCAGGGUAUGGAUCGAAUCCUGCAUUUGGUGCAGGUUCUAGUCCAGACUUCAACCUCAGUCCAGAAUCGAACCCUGAAUUCGAAUCAAAUUUAGGGUAUGGAGUGAAUUCUGAACUCGGAGCAUAUCCCGGGUCAGGAUUGAAUCAAUCGUUUGGAUCAAAUCCUGGAUUUGAAUCUAAUUCAGGAGCCAACCCACCACAUCCAGUGAGCUCUUACCCACAGUUGGGAUCAAAUGCUUCCUUCUAUCCUACGAACCCUCUAGGAAACUUCCUGCAAAAUCCAUUCUUAGGAGGAAAUGUCAAUCCCGCCUUAAUUACAUCAUCAAUCGGCAAUCUGGUUGCUCCAGUUGUUGGUCAAUUACUUUUAACUAGGGAUACUCCAAGUCAUCCGGUGGAAACUAAACUCAAAGUGUACAGGCUCCCGACAUAUGCUGAAAUGUAUUUACAAAACCGUGUCAACUAUGACAAAACAUCAAAUCAAGCAACAUUUCAACAAAAUAAUAGACCACAGUAUGGACUCUUAGAACCUAGACCAAUAGCGCCACCUCCGACAGUUCAAAAUCCCAUGUAUCAUAUACCUCAUAAUGGUCCAAUACGCCCUAUUCAAAAUGGCAUCUUUGGUCAUUCAAAUGUUGAUAAAGACAAUGGGUUCAAUGAUUGGUUCAACCAAGGAUAUCAACAAGGGUUCUCAUCGUUAAACUCCCCUAAUGGAGCUGCUAGUGGCGGCGGAUCAAAUCAAAUGCUAAUUUGUAAUUAUGGUCCUGCAGGAAACUUCCUUGGGUCUCCGAUGUAUAUUCCAGGGCCACCAUGUUCCAGAUGUCCUUCAGGCACCCAAUGCCAAAAUGGACUGUGCACUUAAUUUAUUGAACUUGCAACAGCAGUAUCCUAGUCUAAGUUCUAUCAUAUCUAAACAUUUGUACAAACUUGCAUUCUUUAAAAAUCCAUCUGAUAUCAUUACUUUUUGAAGAUUACGUGAAAAUCCAUAAUAUCAAUUCAGUUCUCAAAAUAAAUAUAUAGUUAGAUUAUCAUGAAUUGUAAUACAGUAAUGCGUUCAUGGUGCAUAUCUAUAUUUUCCAUAUA